UUGUGAGAAUAGGUUUGAUAAAGUUUGCUGAACAUGAAAGGAACGAAUAUACUCGUGGCAGUGCUGUCUGCUCUGGUUCAUGUUUCACAGUCCUAUAACAAUGUGUCAAGCCAAUGUGCCGUAACGAAAUGCAGCCCAAGGGACUGUACGGAUUUACUUGAGAGAGGAGUGAACGUCACGGGUGUUUACAAAAUAUUCCCUGAAGGCUCGAUUGGUUUCGAUGCUAGGUGCGACAUGGACACAGAUAACGGUGGAUGGACGGUUUUCCAGCGAAGAAUCAACGGCCACACAAAUUUUUACAAAACUUGGAACGACUACUUACUAGGAUUUGGGAAUCUGAAUGAAAACUUCUGGCUUGGAAACCAGAACAUUGCUUUAGUCUCAUCACAGGGAUGGUAUGAAUUAAGGAUCGAUCUCACACACCCGACAACCGGUGAAAGGCGUUAUGCUGCAUAUCACGUAUUUUCGCUCGGGAGUGCUAAAACCAAAUUUGCCCUCUUUAUCGACGGUUACCACGGCAACGCAGGGGAUUCAUUAUUGUAUCACAAUAAUCUUCCAUUUUCAACCAAGGACAGAGAUAAUGAUGCAGACGGUAGGAACUGCGCAACAGAAUUCAUUGGUGCAUGGUGGUACCGCGGCUGUCAUUAUUCAAAUCUGAAUGGCGAUUACGGAAACACGGCGUACGCAAAAGGCUUGGUGUGGCAACAAUGGGCAGGCUACUAUAUUUCGAUGUCGGCGACGGAGAUGAAACUUCGCAGGAAAUAAGUAAAUAAGCGUAUAGCAUUACUAUAACAUAACAAGUUAAACAUGCCUUGUUGUUUUUGGAGACAUCUUGGAAUAGAGUGACAAAGUGUUACAAAGAAAAACCGUGUUUGCAGAUUAUUUUAUUGCAAGUUAUGUUUACAAUCCGUUUUAAAUAUUUUGUAUAUUUUAUAUCUUCCUUACUUUUGUUAUAAGUACAAUAAUGUAAACAAUUUCUUUCCUGUUAACAAAGAUAAAAGUAGACGCAAAUAAUUUGUAAUGUUCCUGUCCGCUGUUUUCAUUAUCAUACCGAAACUUAGAGUGCAAAAUCAGGUAGAUAACUGAAUACACAUAUCUUGACAAUACAAUUUACACCUUGUUGUGAAAAUAUUAAACUUCCUUUCUAUAAAUAUGGGGUAAAACACAAUUCUUCUUUCAUUUAAGGCAUAAAUUGCGGGAUUGAUGUCAUUAUCGGGGUAUGAACUCAAGGACUCCACGCGUACUUUGACCAGCCCAAUUUCGUUCACAUCCCCGAUAAUGACAUCAUUUCUUAUAUUUACACCAAUAGUGCAUUAUUUAAUUGAAGAAUUGUUUUAAAAAUACUUUAUUUCAUUUAAGAAAACAUUUCAGUAAUCCUUUCUAACCCAUUCUGUAAAUAGAACGACCCGACUGUAACCGGAAACGUUUUAUUAAAUGACAUCACGAUAACGCGGGAAAAGAUAAACCACUUGAAAUCACUUUUAAACGUAAAAGUGAAACACUUAUGGCAACGAUACAUUUCACAUAUCGUUAUUUAACACUUUCUAAAAUGUUAAUUUAUAUUUUAUGGCACCUGCUGAUACAAUACAAACAAUUACAAGAUUAAAAAUGUUCAUUUAUAUUGUUAUGCGAUGAAUUGCGAUCCGAACAUAUCCGAAGAUGUUGCGCUCAUCGAUUGAUAAACGCAAUUGCCGAAAGGCAGUUCAUUCAUGGGAAUGGAAGUUGAGGUGUGAAUAUAUUGAUAUUAAGUUAGCCUGUGAAAUAAAAGAUUAAGAUAAAUAAUUCAAGAUUGUUUUACAAUGAUGCACUGUUGUUGAAACGCUGAUUAAGGUGAAAAUGUGAAAAUAAAUGAAAUGAAUUUGUUCAACAUCUAUUAGACAAUUACAUUUAUAUUACAACAAAUACACAUACAAAGUAAUUUCGACACCGUUAUUGGAGCCUUCAAAAUUAGUAUUUUGACCAUUGUGAUUUUUGAACAAUUAUUUAAUGGUAGUAAAGGUUUCUUGUUUGUGAUUUUUUUGUUUUUAUGUUCUAUGUCUUUGGCGUUUACCCAGUGCCAUUAAACCGGGUUUGUAUUUAAACAGUUUGCUACUGAGCUUGUUUCUUUAGUUUUUUCGCAUUAAUAUUGUCAAUUGUCACAUGUAUUCUGCAGCGGUACAUACGAGCUGAUAUUUCGAAUUGACAUACAAGACACACUAGUUUUGUCUGUAUGGACAACUUCAUCGGAAGAAAGGUGCUUAUUAAGAGUAAAUCAGACAAUAUUAUUUUACUAUCGAUUUUGUUUUGUUUUGUUUUACAGUGAAAUAAGGAAAGUAUCGUUUCACGAUAUACAUGUAUUCGAAGUCAUAAGCAUUUAGAUGUCACGGCAAAGUAAUAUUAAUAUUUAGUUUCUCGGAAACACUUUUUAAGAAAUGAGAGCGUGGGAGUUGUUUUGCCAUACUGCUCCAGUUGAAAGGAAAUGGAUAUACAUUUCACGACCUUGUUGUUUUAAACAAAUUGUAAUAUUGCCUUGGUUCAGUAAUUCAUAUACUCACAUAUAAUAUUAAUUGCUCGAAUAAGGACCACUCUGAUGAUUUAAAACUGCGUAUUAUGACAUUAUGAACUUCAUAAUAUUUGUUUAAGUUAUCUGUUUUAAAUGCCAUUCACAGUCA